AUGGCAGCCUCGGUGCUUGCUGCUGCCCCUGCGGCUACGCAGACUUCCCUAGAAGAUCAUUCUCACGCCUCGCACUCCGAGCCCAAUCUUUCCAGGACUCAGCCUUCGCCGCGUCAAUAUCCUACCGAUUCUACCAGCACAAUUCCCGAAGAAGGCGAUGAGACUGAGAGUGACGCUACCAAUGAGCCUGUCACUCCUGUGAGCGGCCGCCAGUCCCAGGACUUUCACGAAUCCCUCGUCGCCUCCGAAGCUCAUCCGAGCGACGACGACGACGUCAUCUACGGAUCCAUCGUUACGUCCGGCAAGCCCCGCGCCUCCUUCUCGGCUGCCUCUGCAGUUAGCUCGAAAAGCACACUUAACCUCAACUCACAUUAUACUCCUGCUCCCAGGAAGAACUCGAUUGCCGAGUCGACUGCCACCACCACCGGCCGCCGAUCAAACACUUUCAAACGCGCAAUGUCCGGCAUCUUCAGGCGCACGGCCUCGACGCUGGAGAGAUCCGUACCCGGUCUGAUGGAUCACCACGGAGAUAGUGCGGUUCUAGACCCCCAUCCUCACGACAUGACUCAACCACGAGAUAUUCCCGGCCGCCGUUUCUCCCUGGCCAGGAGUUCCAACACCACGCGGUCAAACACACCUCCAUCGCCCGGCUCACCGCUAGAGAUGAACAUCAUGUCCAAGGAACAAGCAUCAAGUCCGACAGUCCCAAGUCCUGAUGCCUUCUUCGACAAGAAGAAGAGGGCAACGACAGGCUUGGGCCUCCGUUCACGCGCUAUUAACUUCAUUACCAACAAUGCCUCGCACGACGAGGCGAAACACAUGCGUCGGCCCCUCCGUCGCCGUGCUAGCAGUUUCGAUACCACGAAACGCGAAAAGUCGGCAAAAUCCAGCGCUGCCCACCCGCAGGUGGAGAUGUCAAGAGCGCCUUGGGAAAUCCCCGCUCCAACCGGCACCGGCUUGAAGGCCAGGCGUUUGAGCUUGAGCCUGCCCGACGACUUUACAGUCGAUGUCGUCGAUCUUCUGUCCGAAUUCGAGUACCACAACAAGCUCCUACGACGCCACGCCACCAUUGGAAAGGGUGGAUCAGCCAAGGUUACCCUCGUAUCGCGGAAGGGGCAACCGGACGAGAUUUAUGCUGUCAAGCAGUUCCGAGCAAAGUCGAGUUCAGAAACAACGGAAGAAUACCGCAAGAAGAUUCUGUCCGAAUACACCGUUUCAAAAAGUCUUCACCACCCGAACAUCGUCGAGACCAUACGCUUAUGUACCCACCAUGGUCUAUAUAGCCACGUGAUGGAGUAUUGCUCCGAGGGUGAUCUCUUUUCCUUGGUCCAGAAGAAGUAUCUUAUGUCAGAAGACAGGGAGAAGGACCCAAGCUCAAGCUUGCCGAUUUUUGGCGUCUCGGAGGUCUUCAGCGGCAGACACCCUGGAGAAAGGGAAGCCGGUGGUCAGUGUGGUCAGGGUAUGGGAGAGGUGCGUCGCUGUGCCGGAGGCUAUCUGGGCAGCUUGCCAUAUGUGCCCCCCGAGAUUCUCGAGAAGGUCGCCGAUUACGAUCCGCGCGCCGUUGACGUUUGGGGCGUUGCGGUCUGCAUGCUCGCCAUGACAUUUGGCGGCUCCAUCUGGAAUCAGGCGACUCUGACUCCCUCGGACGGUUCCAAGCCGGAUGUCUGCUACGUUCAACUAGCAGAAGGCUGGAGAAAGUGGAACGCGAAACACGCUGGUCAGACUGAUCCGGUCCCUGCGGAUACUGACAUGCCACGUGCAAAGUUCAUGGAUUUUGCCGUUACUCACAACGGACUUCGUCGCCUCCUCCUCCAGAUGCUUAACCCGAAUCCCGACAAGCGCAUCUCGAUCACCGACGUCUUCAACAGCAGAUUCGUCAAGAAUAUCGAGUGCUGCCAACUUGAAAGUUACGAGGAUCCAUCCAAGACGAUUGAUGCCUCCAAGAAGGGAUGCUCCGGCAAAGGCGCACCGCAAAAGAUUUUCUGUCACAACCACUUGCCCCCCAAGGGACAUCAUAUUGCAGCUGUCAUCGGCAGAACCUGA